GACCGCGCACGGCGCGGGCGCGCGAUCCGCGAUGUACACCCGCUCUGGCCUGGAGCGACUCGCGAACAAACAUUACUAGUUUAACCUAGGAAACGCGCUCCCAAGUUCAAAACACGCGAUCAAACAAGUUCAUAACGCCGCGAGUGUUCAUUAAAAGUUUUCUACAGCAUUUCCUUUUCCAAAUUAAUUUCUUUUUAAGAAUGUUUAGUGAUGUCUCAUAUUGAGUGUUAAUGAAGUUUAUUCAAUACAAGUUCACGACAACUUCUGAUUCGUGUCAAGUCAUACAUUGUGUUCACUUGGGUAUGAGGAGCCAUCGACAUUGUUCUGGCGUCUGUCUUAUUAGACAUGAGAGCAGACAAUGUUACUGCCAAUUUAAGAACAUAUAAAUUACAAUUUGUGCAGGGUUUGUAGCAACAAUAAUGUUAACAUUAUUGUGAACACAUCACAUUAUUUGGUUUUGUUAUGGGGCACCAUUGUUUUGUAUAAAACCGCAGUGAGUUUAGUGUUCAGUGUGUAUACAACAAAUCAACAAAAUGAUGCAAGGAUUGUUGGAGUCACUGUACAAGAUCUAUACAGAUUGGCGCGCACCAAUGACAGACGAAUCGGAGGCGGGGCGAGGAAGGCGCGUGCCGGCGCCGCCGCCGCGACACGCCGCCGCGCGGCCGCCGGAACCGCGCCCGCGCACCCUUGUCCCCAGCACCCACACUGGCCCCGUUGUCCCCGUCACUCACCCUGGCUCCGUUGUCCCCGAGUCCGCUCGUAACCCGCCGCCCCGACUCAUUCGACCAUCGGAACACCUCGCCAUUGUCGAACGGUCAAUGGAACGUCGGCCGCCGCCUCUCGUGCCCUCCGUCACGGUGGUGCAAGGCCCGAGACCGUCUUUGCCCCCGCCGCCCCUGGUACACAGGCCCGUAGUGCCCCCGCCACUCAGGAUGCCGGCUCCAGCGCUUCAUCCUGUGAUGAGGCUGCCGCAGCCCAGGAGAGAUGUUCAGCAGCAAGUUGUCCGCGGUCCCCCGCUAGCGCUGCCGCCGGCGACCUGUGCUCCCGCACCGCCCGCCUCCUUGGGCGCCGCGCCGCGCACCCUCGUCAUACACAAGCCCGACGCGCGCCACAACUUCGGCUUCUCUCUAAGGCAUCUGGUUGUAUACCCGCCUGAGAACUUGGACGAUUUAUACGACGAUGCGCGCCCCCUGGCGGUGGGCGCGGUCGUCGCGCCGAUGGACACAAUCUUCGUGAAAGCAGUACGGCCGGGGGGGCCGGCGGCUGCGGCGGGACUGCGCGCCGGGGACCGCAUCCUCGCGGUCAACGGGGUGCCAGUCGCGUGCGGACAGUCGAGGGCGUCCUACCAAAGGGUGGUGCAGAUCGUGCAAAAAGAGCCCCGCACGCUCAGGCUAACUGUUGUGCCGAGGGACCACGAUUUAUUGCAGAGGUAUUUUAGCGAAGCCGCUUACAAUCCAGAGUCGAACCAGCGACCUAUAGAAAUGCCGGCACCGGUAACAGAACUAGAGUCGCGUUUAUUCGAUGCCUACCGGAGGCCGAGGCCCGCGUUACCGGCUCCACAGACACCGAGGCACAGAGAAGACCCCGAGUACGCGAGCGUGGCACCACACGCAACGACUCGAUUUGAUGUUCCUCGGUUGACUGGCGCACCUCACUAUUUUAUGCAUGACAGCAGAAGAGAAUCUGACAUCUCGUUACCCUCGUCAGCAGCAGAAAGCAAAGACAGUCUCGGCUCGUUCGAUUCAAAUUCAACGUUGACCGGCCGCGAACAAGACGACUCGAUUAUCCUUUCCCGAAUACGAAAGAGCCUCGAGCAAAAAGAGGCCUUCCUCCGACGUCCGAGCCAACCGACCGGUUGGGUGACACCGGACGCUCCCCCGCCGAUUAAGCAAAAGGAAUUCUAUGCUAGGCCGCAAAAAUUACAGAAGCCAGCGUGGCCCCCGCCUGCUGCUUCUCCCCCUCUCGCAGUUUCACCUCCACCCUCACAGCAAGUUCAGGAACAAAAGAAAGACGACUGUUCCGCCAGCGUUGACAGUGGGACAUAUAGUGGUUACGGCGAAUUGAAUGGUGCGCAUGCAGACAAAAGUAAAACGAAACCAGAUAAAAACCAAUUUGUGACAACGUUAUCUAAAAUACAGGAGACUACACCAACAGUUCAGAGUACUAACUUUGGAACAGUGAGCAAUGGAUCGUCUACAGAGUUUAGAGAUGAAUCAGCAUCUGCAAGUAAUCAGGAUAAUAGCAGAAAAGUACCAAGCGAGCAGGAACCGAGCAGAUAUGGCGGCAGCGAACUGCAGCUGGUGACAGCGCGCACGCGGCAACUCGCGGCGGCGCGGGGAGCGGCCGCGUCUACAGAGGCGGCUCGCAGUGAACUCGCGCGGCUGUCCACCACGCGGCUCGAGCCUAGUGUCGCGCUGCGCCGCCGCGAGUUCGAAGGCCGCGCCGCCCGCAGAGAUGCUCGGUCGCUUGACGUACAACCACACCAAGAACUUGAGCAUGAAAUACCCAUCGGCGGCAGUUUAUCAGGCAACCAACUGAUGAUCACCGGCAGCAAACACCUCCAUUGUCCACCACCAGAAGGAUAUGUGCCCGAAACAGAAAAGGUUCAAAUGCGAACAAGGUCAAAUAGUACCGGUAGUGAAGGCUUACCCAUUAGAAGACAUCAUGCCACAGAUGGCAGUCACGCGAAGAAACGAAUGGGGCUGAACAGAGAACAAAUGGAGGCGAUGAACCGUGUCUCGCUGCCCGGCGCUAUGAACGGACUCGACGGGCCGCAGAGGCCGACGCAGCUGAGCCUGGCGCCGCCGUCGGCCUCCACUUCGGCCUCGGCCUCGGCCGCCACGUCGCCGUCGCCGACGCCGAGCACGCCCGCCGACUCAGGUUUUGCCGAUGAUUUGGUCACGAGAAGACAGAAGAAAGAUGCUCAACUUGGUGAAGAAGAACGUGCCAUGCGAAGGGUGUCGUACCUCAAAGCGACGUGGGGCGAUCGAUUGCACAUGGACAGUGAUGUGGAACCAGAGGGCGAUCACCACCUUAGAAGUGCGCACCGCAAGUGGCGCCCCCCACGUUUCGCCGAUGACAUUACGGCGUUGGUGCGAAAAUUCGACCCGCACGCAGUCCUCCCCGUGCGCCCAGAGAAGAAAGGCGAGGGUAUCAGCGAAGGUAUUGUGGAAGCUGCGGAAGGUGACGUUCAGGGUAAUGUGCAGAUCAAGGCAGUGGUCAGCAAUGGCAAGCGCGCAAGUGACAGAUCGUGGAAACAGGUGUGGGCGGUGCUGCAUGGAACCAAGCUGUACCAGUACCGGCAUCAUCCCAGCCAGAGCCCCGGCGCAGUAAGCGGAUCCGGGUCGGAGGCGCAGAGCGGGUCCCGGGACGCGCUCGACGUCCGCCACUCGUUGGCCGUGGUGUUAGCUGAUGACUACACCAAGAGGAAACACGUCGUCCGGGUCACCACCGCCACUGAUGAGUUCCUCCUCCAGGCGGAAGGUGCCGCGGACGCACAAAGAUGGCUCGCUGCUCUGAGAAGACACACAGCGGAACCGCCACCAGCGGAUUCUGCGCCUGCGCAGGUCGCGCCUCCAUCAACUACCGCCCCCGCCGCAGUGCCCGUCGACUGUCCCUCUCCUCUACCACCACAGCGGAGUAAGAAGAUCGGCAGGAAUAGAUCUCCUACUGGCCCACCAACUCCAACGCUUCCAUCGUCUCCCAAGAACAAGACAUGGAAGGGCCGCAUGGCGAAACAACUGCGGCGAAUGCACGGCGGGACGAGUACGACGGCACCGGCGACCGCCACCACGGGCUGGCUCGGGGCACCUUUGGAACGGUGUCCCACGGACCCGGAGCAUCCCCUUGUACCUCGCGCGGUCACCCUGCCAGCACAUGCAGUUGAGGCAUACGGUCUACGAACAGUAGGCGUAUACCGGGUGCCGGGCAACGCGGCCGGCGUGGCGGCACUCGCAGCGGCGCUGGACCGCGGUGAGCCGCCGCCGGACGGCGAUGCGCGCUGGGCCGACGUGCACGUCGCCUCCAGUCUGCUCAAGGCCUACUUGCGCCGACUGCCUGACCCACUCCUCACCGCCGAUCUCUAUUCCGCCUUUAUUGCGGCCGACCGCUCGGCUGAGAGAGCGAGGGAGCUGCGCCGCCUCGUGCACGCAUUACCUGAAGCUCACUACGAAACACUCAAGUACCUGAUACAGCAUUUGCGGAGGGUGGUGGAGCAUUCCGCGUUCAACAAGAUGGAAGCCAGGAACCUGGCCAUCGUGUUCGGACCGACGCUGGUGCGCGGCGCCAGUGAUGAUAUGCUCGCGAUGGUCAAUGACAUGUCCAGCCAGUGCCGCAUUAUCGAAUCUUUUCUUACACAUUACGAUUGGUAUUUCGAAGAAGAGGAAGGUGAGCCCCCUGUGGACCCUCCCCCUACUGCUGAGGAGUUGUCCCCUGCGCCGGCGCCAUCACGCGACCUGCUCAUACACAAUGUCAAGAAGAUUGAAGGUAAAGACGUCACAACCCGCGAUAUAGUGUCAUCAAUAAUAUCGGCGGCAAACCGCAAGAUACAACGCAAGCCGCGGUCGAAGCCGUCCGCAGAUAAGAAGUGGAUGGAAGCGGACAAAAGGACGGAAGCGUCCCCUGGCGGAUCGCCGCCCAACUCGCCCCUCACGUCGCCGCCCGCGCACCUCACCACCUCCCUGGCCGACUACGACGGACUGCCCGAGAGAUUCAGCAGACACGAUGGAGUCAAUAAAAUUGAAAUUGAAACCAUGGCAGCGCUGGGCCGCGGUCGCCAAGAGCUCUCGCGGCAUACACAUGCGCUGAACAACUUCUCUAUCGAUGGAACCGGGGACUUGGUGUCCUCUCUGACCAGCACCUUCGACCAGAAACUGCGCACGCUGAACAACUCGUCGCCGCUCGAUGACGGCAGCAUCCCGUACGCGGAUGAGUGCCAGGACGAACACGAGGAGGGCAAGUCGAGCGGCAGCUCGCCGUCCAGCGGCAGCCUGCGCAGCGCGCGCGGAGAGCGCGUGUCGCCGGCCGCGCGCGCGCACGAGCUGAAGGCGGCCUGGCUCGCGCGCGACCUGCGCCACUCCUCCUCCAGCAGCGCCGACGAGGCCGACGGCCGCGCCUGGCCGCGCCGCGCCCGCCGCGCGCCCGCCGCGCCCGCCCGCGACGACACCGACGACUCCGAGAAGGAGAACUGCAUCGUCCCCGGCAACACUAGUCACGACCCCGACAAGGACGAUGCGCGCUCGCAGGCCUCGAGCGGAGAGGCGAUGCCCGCCGACGACGCGGUCGACAGGGCGCUCCGCCCGGCCUACGAUGGGCUGCGGCCCUCUAACCCCGAGUGCGGGAAGCGAAACAGCGCCGCGCUCGAGAACGAGCCGGCACCCGGCGACGGAAGCGGCGACGGCGACUGCGCGAAGCUAAAACGUUCCGAGUCGCUGAACAGGGACGGCGAGCGCGGCGAGGCGAGGGUGCUGCGCUCGGAGAGCCUCAACUGCCGCGUCGAGCGACUGCAGCGCUCCGAGUCGCUUAACAAGAGCGAGCGGCCGGGCAAGCUCGACAAGGGAGAGUGGAACGGCGCGAGGCGGCGCGAGAGCGGCGCGUGGCGCUCGACGAAGCUGAAGCGCAAGAACGGCAUGCCGGAGCGCGGCAUUAAGCGGCGGCACACGGUGGGCGGCACGAAGGACUUCGACAAGGACGGGUGGAGCGCGCGGCACACGCGCACGUCGUCGCCCGACCUGUCGGCGUGCGUGGCGGCCGCCGUGUGGCCCGCGCCGCUCGUGCCGCCGCCGCGGCCGCCGCUCGAGUCGCACGUCUGACCCGCGCACCGCUCCCAACACCACCACUCGCUCUGAGCGCCGCUACCGAUACCGCAGCGAUUUAACGUAGCCACGAACAUUUCCCCUGGAACAAUAAACACGAUCGCCGGCACGACGCCGGUCGCUCUGGAUCCUUCUACUACACAUCUCUCCGAUGAAUGGAUCCGUUUCGGUGCCUAUCGCACGGUUGGUGCUGUUUAGAUAUAGUUUCCUUUUGUGCUACUACGAGACGAACGCUGUUUACCGUAAGUUAAAAUUUUUACCGAGAAUCGAAUAUAGAAUAUGUAUGUAUUAUCUAUCUAAAAAUAUUUAAAGUCUGAUUUACCCAGGUACCUAUCGAGUCGAUACUAACAGUUCAAAGCUUUCAUUUUGAGAGAGGCUAUUAAUUUGAUUCGAUUCAAUUGACUGAAUAGAUUAUUAGAGCGUAAAUAGCUAACUGUAUUAUUCUAUUAAAUACUCAUUCGUAAGACAGUGCAGCAUGGUGAGGAUUUAAAAAUCCAUAAGACUUAACAAAAUUCACAUAACUUCACAUUUAUCUAAUAUAUAGGUUAAUAUUUUAUUAUUAUACACAUUAUGUGAGAAUAAACAGAGUAAACGAUUCAAUAAAAUAUUAAUAUUUGAACAGUGCAAUACAAGUAGUGAAGGAGGACUGGGUGGAUAUGUUUUUGAAAUGAAAACAAUUAGUGAAAGCCUAAAGAACCAAGCUCACUAAACAAUGCCAAAGAAUGAUGAUGUAACUGAUUAACUUGAGAAUAGAUGUAUGCGCGGAGCGUACCAGAAUGAAAGAACGAUUCGGUGACCGGAAUGAAAGGGUUAGGAUUGUACUAUCAACGAUACAACCAUAUCAUGGACAUGAAAUAUGCACUUUCACAUUAUAUUAAAAUACUAUUUGUACAUAAGGUACUAUUAUCGUUGUGUUCCACAGUCUACAAACAUGACUUGUAGUAAAACUCCCUUUGUAGAUAUUGUACUACUUAUAACAGAGUUAAAGUGGGACUUGAUAAUUUAAAAGUGCAAAAUAAUGAGCAUAAUAUUGAUUGAUAAAAUUAGUGCUACUAGUUUAAAUUUAGUAUAUACACCUACAGACAAUGAAAUUUUAUAUAAUAUAAAUCGCCUGUAGGUUUAAAAUUGUUUAGUUGUAUACCCGGGAAGAUAAGGGGGUAUACAUAUAAUGACCAGAUCGACGUGACACCACUUAAUUGUAAGAAUUUGUGCUUAGGAAUAUAUUGUAGGCCCUAGCCAUAGAAUUUUCAUAAUACUAUCUAUUGAUGAUACAUUAAAAAAGUGUACCUCACCUACUUGCCUUUGCAAUAGUCGUAGCUGAUUCGAAUUUUAUGCACAAUUUUAAAUUAAUACUUAUAUGUAUCUUACAUAUUAAAGUUACCUUGUCUCCUUAUUAAAAUAUAUUAUAAAAUGAUACUAUGAUUAAUGUUAAUGAAAUGAAAUGAUUUUAAUUGAAUAAUGAAAGAUAUAAUGCUGAAGAUUUUGCUUGUGAAGGCUUUGAUUUAACAUUGCAAAGUACGAAUGAUAAAUUGUAAAUAUUGAAUGCAAUACAAUCAAUUUAAUUAUAAUAAUAAUUAUUAGGCAUAUAUAAUUAAUUAUUCACUAUAAUGACUACGAUAUGUUUAUUCAGUGACGUCUUUUAAUUGCAACUAACUGACGUUAACAAUACAUUACAGUGAUAAUAAUGAAAGUGAUCCCCUUAGCUUUGUAAAAACUGUACAUUUCUUUUAAGAUUAAUUUAUAUUAAAUUUGUUAUUGUAGCUUUGUUGAAUGCAAUUAUUUUUUAUUGUUUUGUUUAUCAAAGAGAAGUAUUUUAGGCUAAAUUCGAUUGUUAUUUAUUUUCGAAAACUGUAAAAUGUGAUUUGGAACAAUUUCUUUUUUAAAAUUGUAAUUAUAUAUUGUAUUCUUGUAAAUAUGUCGUCAGCAAAAUAAUGUUUGACUUUCGUUCUUUAACUUUUAAAAAAUUUUAUACCAUCUUUACGUUAAGACGAUCUCAAGUUUGUUGGAUGUUUGCAAAGCGUUCCUUUAAAGUUUUAUUUGUAAAUAUAUAAUUUAGUGUAGAAAGUGAAUUUAAUAAUUUUACAUUAUAAUGUAUGUAGAGGGUAGGUGAGUAGUGAAUGCGCGCAACUCGGCGCUAGAUUAAUAUAAAAGACACGUCUCCGUAUGAGAGCCCGCUCGUGUGUCUGCUUACAGAGUAUUCAAAUAUAUAUAUUCAUGUUCUUCGUGUAAUCAGCUAUGAAAUUUAAAUAACCACCUUAAAGACAUUUUGCAAAUGUGGUAAUAUCCAGAUUUACAAUACUUGUCAUUGUGUAUAUUUUGGAGCAAUGAAAAUAAAAUAUUGAAUCAAGAUA